GGCGGGGCGCGGCGGAGCUGGCCCGCGGCCCCUGCACCUGUCAGCGAGGCUGCUUGUCCCGCCGCCGGCCGGAGCCUGCCGCGGGCAGGGCGCUGCCGGGAGUUCGGCUGCCGGGCGCCCCGCUGCUGUUAUGUAGGAAGAUGACUCGCCUGGCACAGGAGCAGGAGAUAUGAGCCAUGGCCCUGUGAGACGUCCAGAAUUAAGAGCAAAUGCCUGGAGAAGUCCAGUUGCACAGAGCAGCGCCACAGCUCUUGUGAACCGUGGGCAUCAUCAUCUCUCAGACUUGCUCCUCUGGUCCCGAGCACUCUGCCAGCAUUUCCUACUCCACGAAUGGCUACUCAGAGGAAGCACUUGGUGAAAGAUUUCAAUCCUCAUAUCACCUGCUAUAUCUGUAAAGGCUAUCUCAUCAAGCCAACUACAGUAACCGAGUGCCUCCAUACCUUUUGUAAGACUUGCAUCGUUCAACACUUUGAAGACAGCAAUGACUGCCCCAGGUGUGGCAACCAAGUGCAUGAGACUAAUCCACUAGAAAUGUUAAGGCUCGAUAACACCUUAGAGGAAAUUAUAUUUAAGCUGGUGCCUGGACUUCGGGAACAGGAACUGCAGCGGGAGAUCGAAUUUUGGAAGAAAAAUAAACCUCAAGAAAAUGGACAAGAUGAAAGCCCAAAAGCUGAUAAACCCAAAGUAGACGAGGAGUGUGAUGAAAAUGAAGAAGAUAAAGACUACCACAGGAGUGACCCACAGAUUGCUAUCUGCCUUGACUGUUUACGAAACAAUGGGCAAUCGGGAGAUAAUGUUGUCAAAGGUUUAAUGAAGAAAUUUAUCCGCUGUUCCACUCGAGUGACUGUGGGAACUAUCAAAAAGUUUCUCAGCUUAAAAUUAAAACUUCCAAGUUCUUAUGAGCUGGAUGUACUAUGCAAUGGAGAGAUCAUGGGGAAGGAUCAUACUAUGGAAUUCAUCUAUAUGACAAGAUGGAGACUAAGAGGCGAAAACUUUCGGUGUCAGAACUGCUCAUCUUCGCAAGUCUGCUCACAGGAUGGCACUUUUUAUCAGUCUUACCCUAUGGUACUUCAGUAUCGACCUAGAAUUGACUUCGGUUAGACCAAAGGGCCAGAUCCCACUGAGAUGAAUCCUGCACUAUUUGUUUACCCAUCGACAGAUUGCACAAUGAAUGGAUGUGCCUGGAUUAGGGGGGGACACAACCAGAUUUUCAGCAUGCAAAUAAGGACAUUGUCUUUCUUAAAAUUGUCAGUUGCAUCUCUGUUGUUUUUAUUAGAGCAAGCCAAGUGCCAUUCUGCUACUGAAAUGUGCAUAAGAUAUUUCUUACGAGUGUGCUGCAAAUCAUAGCCAAAAUCAUGACGUGUACAGUCGAGAUUCAAAAACUAUGGAACAUUUUUUGCUUGCGUGUUAGAAAAUUUUUCUGGUCCUAAUAUUGAUUACACUAGCAAAAUGGCAGAGUGCUCAUUCCAUGUGGUGUUGCAGUUUCACACGCUUACUAUUUUACUGGAUAUUGUUGUUUAAACCAUAGAGUACUGUACAAAUAACUAAGGAUUAUACCUUGAAAAUAUUUUGUAUAGAAAAUAUAUUUAGAAAAGUGGUUAUUGGGCCACUACUUUUUUCUUGGUAAGUUUCUCAUGGGUCCAGGUAUAGCUCACUCAUGAGUGUGCAACAGUCCUUUUGCAGUGAAUGAAGAUUAAUUACCUUAGCAAGAGAUGUAGAACAUGGUGAUUCAAAAUGGUAAUUUAAAAUCUUCUAAAUAGAUUCUGCUAAUAUUGCUUAAAAGCAUCGCAGCCUUUGUGAUUGCACUUUUCUGUGGUUUCCCUAAAGACUGGAAUUUGGGAUACUAGCUAAUUUUGGAAAAUAUCUUCUGGUCAGAUUACAUUUCUUCUAAUAAACCCUCCCUAAAAAAUGAAGUUAAAAAUAAUGUAGAUGUCUAUGAAACAAAUAAAUUUCACUAGAAGACCACAACAAAGGCAAAAUUUGACAUAAUUAUUGCCUUUCAUAGUAGGCAUUUCCUUUUAAGAUUAGUUGGAGGUAUAUAAGACAAAAAUAACAUAUAGCUUUAAUUACAUUCUAUAUCUCUUGUGACUACCUGGAGAUUAGAAUUCAUUACAGAAUUUUUCAUUAGUUAAAGUCACAUCAUAAAAUAUUUCCAUGAAAUUAGAGGUAAUGCAAUACUGAAGAUAAGCAGUCUGACCAAAAUAAUUGUUCAGGUCAUUAUUUUUCUAAGACCUGUUAGUGCUGGAUAAAGUGAUUGUUGCCUUAGGUAUUGCAAGCGUGAUGGUUCUAGUGUAGAACGUUUAUUGGGGUUUCUGGUAGUGUUGCAGGGAGCAUGGUAAUGCAUAUGUCUUCUGUAGUCUUCUGUUGUCUUUGCUUAAAAUUCAGUUGAGCUUUUCACUUUAAAUUCUAUGGAGAUACUUACUUUUAUGUAAUUUCUAUUUAAUGCACACCUGCUAGUAUCAUAGAUAACAAUUUACUUUGUGAGGCCUUUUGCAUACAGCAAAAAGGAGCCAAAUCAGUUUUUCAGAAGCUAGAAUAGAGUGAACUAAUUCUCCUUAGGUAAGACAAAGUGAAAAUUCUAUUUUGGGAUCAAGUAUAAAAAAAAUAGAUGCAAGGCUGUAACUCCUUUGUGAAUUUUUGUUCAUGUACCUUAGUAUGUUUCUGUAGGAGAACUAAGCAUGCUCUGGAUAAAUCUGCCCCCUCUAAUGUUAUUAGGAGUUCUAGCAUUGAUGACUUGAGGAAUCCAUAUGUAGUUGGGUUGAAUUCUACCCUUGCACUCCAAAGCCCAUGUGACAUGCAGAAAUAAAGAUGCAGUCAGUAGCAGUCUGUUUAGGAAACCUGCCAUUGCAGGUCAAGGUUGCACAUAUUGUGCAGAUGCCAGUGAAACCUGGGCUAGCAAAAUGUCAAGGCAGCUGCUGCUCCUUACUGCAGGCAUAGUGUGCUGACUGUUACAGGCACUGCUUUGCCCACACUGUAGAUAGGUGCAUGUGCUGGCUGCAGGAAACGGUCAUCUUUUUGCCCACCCAGUCUAUGAUGUGCUACUUGACAGAAACAAGAAGAUACUCCGUGUAGGGAGGGCCCUUCUCUGCAGAAUCUGUAGGGAAGCAGAGAUUCUUUGUGUGUACAGAGGUCCUCCUCACGGAGCAGCUUGGAAGAGCAGAGCAUGCAUUCUAAUUGCAAAGCAUUCUUCUCUUUAGUAUACACAGUUGUUUUGUACAGUAGAAAUAAGAUAUUAUUUGUAAAUACUUACAUGCACAUACAAAUGACACCUUACAGUUUUUAUAUAUUUCACGUGUUUUUAUACCAGAAUCUUCACUGUAGAGUCACUUGACAUAAAACGCUUAUUUCAGUUUAUCACAAAACUAAUGGUAGUACACUUAAGUAUGAUUUCUGCUUGGUUCAGGGGACAUUUUUUUUCUCAACAGUUGUGCUUACUGUUUUGACAAGUUUGAGCAAACUUGUUUUAAAAGGAGAAAACCAUCGAUUUUUAAUCCAUUUUAAGUUACCUUACACAGAAGUUUUCAUCCACCCAACAGACCCCUGAAACAGGACUACUUUAUACUGUUUUCUCAAUGGCAACUAGUAGAAGAUUUGACUGUUUAAUGGCUUUCUGUAUUCACAAUUCAGAGAACCAUGAAUUCUUUUGAUUGGACAUGGGUACUGGUUUAGUUCAUGAUAUUAUCUUGAUGCAACUUAAAAGCUAGAUUGCAGAAGGCAAAUCUUCAUUUUAAGCAUGGAAUAUACAGACAGAUACAAUUUAAUGUUCCCAGCUGAGAAUCAUGGCAUUAAAUGCAUAUGAUCUAGCCACCUACACUUCAUGCAUUUCUGAUUUGAUGGCACAGUGCCUGAAUGCUGUUACAAUUUAAUAGGUUUUGUAGCAGUAAAGUGCCAGUGAAGUAUGUAUCUUAACUGGGCAGCUUGUGUGACACAGGCUUUGCCUUCUUUACAGGAUGUUUCUCUCCCAUAUACUACAUAUGUGCCAUGUGUCUACAGAUAUGCAUAUUUAAUUCAUCUGUGCCAAUUAGGAGUAUCUGAACAGGAUAGGAAUAUGCUAAUGUGUCUAUAGAUUUCUGUGUGUGCCAAAGAUGGGGUAAAGUGAGAUGAGUACCUAAGCAUUCCAUUAAAACUGCACCAUAUGCCAUCUUAGAGCAGAUGACUGUAUACAGUCACACUUUCUGAGCAUUUCCAUGACAAAGUGUCAUAACGGCAUGCUUGUAAAGAAUAAGAAUAUAAAAUAAGUGUUGCUGCCACUAUGUUUCUAUGGCUUUCCCAUAUUGGCAGUACCUAGCUGUAGAGGAAGAAGACCUAAAAAAUUACACACUACUACCUAACCUUGCCAUCUCUUAUUUAGUAGAUUUGGUGUUCGGUUUUUUUUUUUACCGUAAAAGUGAAAACCUUCUAUCUGAUUUUAACUCUGGAGUAACUCAUUAAUGAAAGUCAUAAGUAACUUUUUGUUGAGCUUAGCUGUGUGCUGCAUUUGUCUAGGAAUGAAACAUAAAUUAGAAUUUACAGAUGAGAUCCUGUAAUAUCUUAAAUGGUAUGGAAUGAGAUGGUUAAUCAAGAAAUGUAUCUUCCACCACGCAUUACUACACUGCUCAUAGCUAAGGGCCUAGUCCUAGAAACAUAUUUUUAUUUGGAUGAAAUACCAAAUAAGAUUACUACAAUAAUCUUAAGUGACUCAUCACUAUAGUAGGUACUGUUCACAUGAAAGCUUCUACGAUUUGGGUCCUAGGAGUAUGCAGCGCUAUAUUGUGCAUAAUCAGCUAGCUUGCAGUUAUUAUGCAAAAAAAAAAAGACAAAAAGUAUUACUUUGACUUUACUGAAAAUGUUAUGUAAAGCAAAGUGCCUGGUUAUUAAUACAUUUUAAGCCCAUUAUUUGCAUUUGGCAGGGUAAUAUUUGCUUCUGUAUUUUAUCUAUGAUCUGAAUAGUUUCAGCAAGAAUAUUUCAUAAACAUGCUGUAUUGAGAAGCUUUCUUUCAUGGGAAACAAGCAGAAAAAGAAAUGUGUUCUGUAACAUAAUUUAAAAUUGAACAAAAAACCCUCUCUCAGUAGAAACUAUUAUGAAAAGAAUUACUUUUUUAUGUGAAUUAUUUCAUUUUCUGAAUGCAGAACCCUUGAAUUCUGAAUCUCUUGUCUUUUUCUACGUAGGUUUCAACAGUUCGACUUGACUUUUCUCUUCUGCAGUUGUCAAAAACUGUUCCAGUAUAUCUGCAGGAGAAAAGAGAUUGAUCAUAUUCCUUUUAGAUAUAAGCUAGGCUGUUGUUCCCUGCUGCAGACAAGGCAAUGGUCCAGAGUUCCAUCUCAUCUCUCCCAUGUAUAAUUGUUAGACAUGACUUUGUAAGAAAAGUAAACAAUUUUUCCUUCUCUGCUGUUUUCUAAAAUAACAACAUAGGCCAGGGUUUAGUCCUUUCAUUGAAUCAAUCGCUGAGUUGUAUUGUCCCUUUUGUGGGGUUUUUUUGCAUUUUUAUAUCACUGAAAACACCAAGAAGCAUUCACUCCCCACAAAUAUUCUUGUGAAGACUUGCAACAUAAGGAAUAGCUUCCAGCUCAGACAGCCACUGUGCCUGCUAGAAAUACUAGAGAACAAAUCGUUGUUCAAAGCAAGCCCUGUGUCUCAAAAUAAACAGAUUGAGCACUGUUUAUAGAGGGGCUACAUAAAAUACUGGUCAAUUACAUGGACUGAUCAAACUCAUUUUUAUCCUGGAAAAGACUAAAGGCAGUUAAAACACAUAUUCUUAUCCACAAUGAAUAUAUAAACAGAGAUGUUUAAAUCAAGAGCUUGAUCCAGUUUCUUCACUUAACCUAGCCAGGUUAAAGGUGUCUGCUUCCAUCAAAAAUGCAUAUAUCAUGCAGAAUAUUUGCCCUCAUUGUACUUCAUGCUAUGUUAAUUUAUUGUUAUCUCAGUUAAAAUGUCUAUUCAGGCACUCUCUGUCCUGUAAUUAAUUCUAGGUUCUGACACAUCUUUUGCCCAUUCCUAUACACCACGCUAUUUAAUGCCCACCAAGUAAAAACACUGAGGAGUUAUAAAGGAGAAAUUGCACAGGAGGAGUCAGCUCAUAGGUUUCAUUCACCAAGCAGCUCUUGCGGAUUUCAGCAAAGUUUUCACAGUUCUGCAGUUUGAAUCUUUUCUACCUAGUUUGAGCAAGUUAAUGCUUCCAUGAGGUGUUCAGCUAAAGACACUUCUUUGAGGAGUGCUUGCAGUCUACUGGAGCAUGUUCCAGGAUGUGUUCCAAGACACAAGGGGAUUGAUUCACCCUAAAGGAAAUGUGAAAAGCCUCCAACUGUGCAUUUACCACUAGUUUUAUCAUAUAUGGAUAGUCAGGCCUUCAGACCUCAGCUGAAACAUCCUUCUGGAAGGAUGUCCUCCAAAAAAUGAUCUUGUAAUAUAUUUAUUACCAUAAAUAUAUUUAUGGUAAUAUAUAAGCAGAUCUGUGCAUUUUUUAAGUUACCAUCUACUCUGGCUGUAGAGCAAAUUAAAACAUCAGAUUUCAGCAUAAGAAAAUGAUUAAUUAAUUAAUUCCUGACAGAUUCUUCCAUCCAAGGUAUGUGCCAUAAAUCCUCUGAAUUUAGGUAGCUGCUACAAUCGAGUAAGGACAUUGUUUCAUUCUCUAGCUCACAAUUUAGAUCUGUACAGUUUUGGAGUGUAGUAGUGAAAUGGAGGAGCUGUGUGGACAGGUGGAAAUGUCUAGGCUAUCUUUUGUAAUUGCAGUAAAAGGCCCAGUUCUGUAGGCACAGGAUAGAGGAAACAGUCUAGAAUGAAAGAUGUCUGCAAGUGGAAGUUUUUGUCAUCACAUUAAUUUCAACCAAAGAGAGGCAUCAUUUUGACUUCACAUGUUUAUCUGAACCAUUAAAUGUAGUUUUCUUUGAAGUAACUUCUAUAUGUAUUUUUAGCAAAUGCUUCUAACAAGGUUAAUAAUGUGACAGUUGACAGGAUGAGGUGAACAAAGUAGUUACUGUGCAUUUUCCUUUUUCUUCAUGACAGUGAGUGGAAAGCGAAGUACAAGUUGAGAGUAAGUUGCUAUACAACAUUACUGCAACAGUAAAACAUUUGUGCUGCUAGUCAAAAUACUGAGGUUUGUAUUAAUAAUUGAUUUGUAGUAAAGAUGUUUAUUAUCAAAGUGCAAGGCAUAUAUUUUAUGAUGGUAUUCUACUCCUAAAAUUCUGGUUUGUAUAACAUUGAGUAUAGUAGACUUUUUUGCUGUUCUCUCAUUAACCUUGAUGCAGUAAAAUGAAACACUCUCCCUUUUUUCUGAAAAAUAAUCCCAUACUAAUUGAUUUAAAAUUACUGUUUGUUGUCAGAUACUUAGUUUUGUUCGUUAAAAAAAGUUUGGGUUUUUUUUUAAUAAACUAUUUUUAUGGAUAAUCUGAUUGCCUAAUAGUUUUAAGGGACCUAUUUAAUACCAAAGGUAAAGCCACCCAGAAACUGACUUGGAAUACAGUGGUCUAGAGUUGCACCUGGAAUCAGUCAAGCAGAGCUUAACCGGUGGUAGCUGCCUGUGUCACCAAGCUGAAAGGUUAGGCACGCGUAGCAGUUUCCAGGACAAAAUAGGAAAGGAAAAAAGCCAGCAGGAGUAGCCUAAAGGUUGAGUUAACAGAGUAGCUCUUUGAGUCGUAGCUCAUGUUCCCAGUGAGAAGCACAAAGGCUUGCAUUACUGAUGUGUCUGCUAUACCUGGCCCGUGAACUAACAAAAAACUUCAGUGCGCUGUCAAUCCUGUAAACCUUCCAAAGCACAAAAUAUUCACCAAGCUACUUUGGGGUUUUCUAGUUGUAGUUCAGUGAUAUUUUGGAGGGUGGAAAGGACAGACUGGGAGGAUAAUGAGAAGUUGUUAAGUAUGUUAUACAGAUUUUUAUAGAUAUUUUUUUAGCAAAUGGCAUCGCUGUCCUUGACAUCAGACUAUUGAUUAGCAAGAAGUUGGUUAUUUUACUUGUGCAGUGUGUAAUAGAAAGAAUGAAGAAAUACAAAUGUCUUUAUUUCCUUUUCCAGGAUAGUGAUUAACUAAACUGGAAAGUAAUAGGACAGUUUAAUUGUUUAGCUGACUACAGUAUUUCAUUCUAAAAACUUACUGAUCGUAUUUUUUUUUUCUCAAAUACAAGCUUCUUAGAAUAAACAUGAAGCAAUGCAUCAUUUUUUCCCUUAUUGCAGACUUAACUAUUGAAAGGAAAAUAUUUUGCAUUUUUUAAAAUUAAUGCAAAGCCUGAAUUGUUGGAUGUUCCAGGCUACUGAAGAGAUGAUAAAGAGUUACUCUCAAUGGAUUUUUUUAGGGAUGGGGGCCUAAGUGUCCUUAUAUAAGCUGUGAUCCAAGUUACAAUUAAGAAAGGAGCCUACGGUGAGCAGUAAUAAUGUUCUAAUGCUUCCUUGCAUUUGAUCAGUAGUUACCAGUUUUAAAUAAAGCAGCCCUCACAGUACUUAGGAGCUCAUAGAACAUAUUGUGAUGUUAUGUUGCUAAUUUCUUUUAAAAUAUAAAAUGUUUUAAGCUUUUUGUCAAAAGUGGUAACAUCAUAUUACAACUAAACCUUUUUGUGGUUGUAAAAUUUAGCAUAUAAAUCAUUCAAAUUGAAGUGAAAAAAACACAGGUCAUUGUUAAUGACAGUCUAUCCUACUAUUAAGAAUAUAUGUAUUUUUGUAAAGGAAAAGCACUUGUAGAUAUUUAAUCAGUCCAAUAUCUAUCUAUGUUAAUGUUUUGGAAAAAAAAAGGAAAAAAGAAAACAAAAUGCUGCUUAGAGAAUCACUUACAUAUUUUUAUUUUUUGUGCUCAAAUGCAUUUUCUGUUGAUUUAUGGAAUGUUUAUUCUGUGUGAAGCUGUAUAGUUAGUACAGCUGGGCUAAAUGCAUUUCUUAAUCAAUUGUAUCUGACUAUGAUAAUAUAUUUGCUGUCCGAUCAGAAAGCUAAUUGAAAAACAUAGACCGGUGGUGCUGGUUUUCAUCUUUGAUAUUAGCUUCAUCCUGCCUUAUAACAUUUCUACUUCAUAAUAAUUAUAAAGAAUACUAAUAUUUUUUGUGAUGUUUGUGUUUUAAUGGAUGUUUCAGGGUAUCUUUGGUUAUUCAGUUGAAUCUUAUUGUGCUUGUAAACACUUUCAGAAAAUUGUGGCAAAAUUUCACGGCAGCUUCCCGGAUGGAAAAACUACACCAAAUUGGUCAAGUUUAAUACUUUCCUUACAAAGGAAACUACUGCUGGGUACAUGCAUGGACCAUGAUUGCAUCUGUAAGGUUUCUGAGCAUUUGUACAAAUAGUAUUUUUAAAAAUCAGAAUAGCUCAUUUCUUGUAAUAUUUUGCAGUUGUUUGCAACCUCACUCAGCUGUAUUUUGAUUCAACGUAGUGCAUUAACAGUUUCAGGGAAAAAAACAGCAACAAACAAACAUUAAAGCAAAGAAUUUUCUUGAAAUACAGUAAAAAGUAGCCACCACAUUUGUUUGUAGUUAUUAUUAUACAAUCCAAAAUGUGUUUACUUAUUUCAGUGGGAUUCUACAGGGGUCUGCUCCAUGGGCCUGACACUAGAGUUAAGCUCUUCAGCCUGACCUCAGUGGAGUUACUUUCUUUAGUUAUCUUUGUAAGUGAGACUUGGAAUGACCCAGAGUUCCCACUUCCUCACUGAAUUUCCUUUCAUGGGUGGCUAAUAUUGUUGAAAUUUAAUCUUAUGAUUUAACCUUCCCAUAAGAAAAUAAGGUUUGCAUUGAAUAUGUACUCUAGCAGUAGAAUUCAGCUUGCAUUAAUUGUCAAAUUGGGAGGAGAAUUUCCCUCAACUAUCAACACUUGUAAUGGCACUAUCUCAUUAAUAUGCAUGCUUCACAAAGAUUUGCAGGUGAUCAGAUUUUGAUGUGGUUUAUUAUUUGAAUACUGUCAAUUUUUUUAACUUCAGUUAAGAGCUGAUUUCUUUAUUUGUUGUUGGGAGUCAACAUCUCAGAGUCCACAAAGUAGCCGUUUAAAAACUUAAGCCCUUAUGAGCUGAGUACAAUACCAGUAUUGCAGCCUUAUAUCUUUUAAAGAACCAAAUAUGUUCUGGAUUGAAGUAUUUUUCAAAAGCACUGUAAAUUUCACCCUGUUCUACCAAAGGAAUGACGUUGUUUUGUUUUUUUUUUAGUCCGUGCUACAGUCCUUAGAAGCUGAGUGUGGCCCUGGAAAAAAUGAGACACCUAUUACUGAGUUAACAUCAGUGAGCAGUUUUGCAAUUAGGUAAGGGAAGUGCUGAUAGUCAGGGGUGUCCUGCCUCUUGAUGUAGAGUGAAGUGUGCCUGUUCAAAGCUGCAUCAACAUUUGCAAGCAAGAUUUAUUUUAGAACAACGGCUCAUGCAAACUGUGUAAAUGGACCUUUUGUUUUGAACAUAACUAUACUGAUAUGUAAUGACGGUUCUAAAUAUGUAACUACCUGUAUGGCUCAGUACUGGUGACAUGAAAUUGAUCCAUGCUAAUGUCAAGAAUGUUCACAGCACCUUUGUAACAGUGGAAAACAAGUGACAAUUUGAUCUGACCGAUAUGCUGCAAGAUGCCUCUAGCCCAGCUGGAUUAAUUUUAUGAAAAAUCUAGAUGAGCAAGAAGUAUAACUAAUCUGCUUACUAGCACUGAAUUGCUCCUUUCUCAAAGCAAUAAAUAUAUUCAUGUUGUAACAUCUGUUGUGCAGCCUACAAUACGAGUUGUUUUGUUGCAUUGUUUCUAUAUAAUUUAUUUUGUGCAAUAAAAAAUCUCUGGUUUUAUCUGA